AUGCCAUCAUAUGUCGCAUUCACUGAAACGGAACAUCUAAUCGGUGAUGCUACCAAAAAUCUAGUUAAUAUGAACCCUUAUAAUACUGUAUAUAACGUUAAACGUCUUAUUGGCCGCAAGUUUAGUGACCAGGAAGUUCAAUCUGAUAUGAAGGCCAUAUACAGUAUUCAAGUAGAAUACAAAUACGAAAAGAAGGAUUUAACACCCGAAGAAAUUUCUUCCAUGAUCUUGGUAAAGAUGAAGGAAACUGCAGAAGCUUAUCUUGGUACACAAGUUAGAAAUGCCGUAAUUACAACAUCAGCUUGUUUUAAUGUCUCUCAAUGCCAAGCUAUAAUAGAUACAGGUGGUGGCUCUUUUGAAGUAUCCCUUCUAAAUAUCAAUGAAGGAAUUUUUGAAGUAAAAGCUGUUGCAGGAGACACACUUCUUGGCGGUGAAGAUUUUGAUAAUCGUCUUGUAAAUCAUUUUAUACAAGAAUUCAGACAAAAAUUUAAGAAAGAUCUUUCAACGCAUGCUCGUGCUUGUCAUCGAUUAAGGAUAGCUUGUGAACAUGCAAAGCGUAAACAUUCAUCAUCAUUAAAUGCUUACUUAGAGUUAGAUUCCUUUUUCAAUGGUAUCGAUUUCUAUAUCUCCUUAACACGUACCAGGUUUAAAGAAUUGAAUCAAGACUUAUUUCGAGCUACAAUAGAACCUAUUGAAAAAAUUCAAAAGAUGGUAUCUGAUUGGGCUGCUAUUUUAUCUGGUGAUACUUCUGAAAUAACUCAAGAUGUACUUUAUCUCGAUAUCACUCCUUUAUCUCUUGGUAUUGAAACUGACAGCAAAGUCAUGACAUUGAUUAUUAAACAUAAUAGUAUAGUACCUACUAAGAAACACGAUAUUAUUUUGACAAGUUCUGAUAAUCAACAUGGAUUAAUGAUUCAAGUUUAUGAAAGUGAACAUUUCCAUAUUAAAGAUAACAACUUGCUAGGAAAAUUCGAAUUAACUGGAAUUCAGCCAGCACUAAAAGGUAUUUCACAGAUCGAAGUAUUUGCCAUUGAUAAAUCUACUGGACGAUCGAAUAAGUUAAUCACAAAUGGUAAAGGUGGAUUGUCAAAGGAAGAAAUCGAACUUGCCGAAAGCGAGAAAUAUCUUGAAAAUGAUAAGAAAGGUGAACAAAGUAUACUUGCAUGA